AUGAGCUUAAAAGGCAAUAAGCAGAGAGGGUUCGUUAAAAGUAAGCUAGUAAUGUCUUUCUCUCGGGCUGCCAAGCCUUCAUCAACUGUGCAAUAUGCUAGUAUGGUUAAGCCAGGUCCAUCUUCAUCAACACAAGACGUGUCGUUCUCUCAGCCAGGUGGCUUUGGUGGCUCCGAUGGCUAUGUCCAUGGCCCUAAUGGUGGUGCUGGAGAUGUGAACGUAGACUCGAAGGCUGCAAGUUAUAUUUCAUAUGUCAGAGAGAAGCGUAUGCUCGAAGAAUCACUUUUGAUUAAUGGAAGAAUCGAUGAGUAUCCAAAGGAAUAUUAA